AGACCCAUUUGUUUGGGAAAAUUUGAAUAUUUAAUUUAAUUUUAUUUUAUUUUAUUUUUGUUAUUUCGGUCCUCACUCCACACCAGUUAGUGGCGGUAAUGCACCAUUUUGCUGUUUGCCAACCGCCAAUAAACCCUAGAAGAAGAUUCCAGUCAAGUUGAGCUGCCCAGCUCUACUUAUUUCGAGAGUGAAGUAGGACCAUGACAGCUCAAGCUAUUCUGAGAGUUAUCCUUGGACCAGACAGUAGUCAGAGGGUGAUGGUUUCUCCUGGUCUGCCUUCAACUGUCACUGAACUGGAGGCUGAAAUAAAGACUCAGUGCAAAAUAAUGGAACCCUUCCGACUACAGUUCAUGGACACACUUUUUGGCAAUGAGUUUGUGAACUUAACUUCAAUGGCAGAAAUACAAAACAAAGCAACAAUCAAAAUUGUAUACACAUCCUGCCAACCUCAAGACCAAGGUGAAGACAGGUUUUCUUUUCCAUCAACGAGUGCUCCUGAUGACACAUCUACUUGUGAUGACAGCACUGUGAGUCUUUCAUCUCCAGAGUCUACAUCAUCACGGUCUUCAUGGCCAGAUUUGUUUUGCAUUCCCUGUUUCACAUAUGAUGUGGAAAUUAAGCUUGCAAAGGCCCAUGUAGCAUUUAAAGAAAAUGGUAUGCUGCUGAUCCCUGAUCCAAAGCUUAAGUCCGACAUUUUGCAGGGUCUAAUCCAGGAGGUAGUCAAGCACACAGUCUACCCCACAGACAGUAAGUUUGACCAAGUUGCAGAGGCCCUUAUCCUGAAGCAUCCAUGUUUGAAAGAAAAAGGUUCACCCAGUGGCUAUGCGGGAUGGAAGAUGAGCCUCAAAUACAAGUUAGCAAACUACCGCACACAUCUCUGGAAAGCAGGAUGUCCUGAAGUAUGUGUGAAUUCCUUGAAAAAUAAGCCACCAGAGAAAUGUUCCCCUGCCUUUGAUGUUAAGCGACCAAAGAGGGGUGAAGUGGAUUACUGCCCCUCUCUUCCAUUUGGAGAAAGUAAACAGUCCCUUGAGAAGAUGAGGGUCGAACUCCUUUCAGAUGUGAAGAAGCGCAACAACAGAGAGACAGUUAUGAGUAAAAUGAACAGAACAUUUGCACUGAGAAGACAAGAAGUCAUUUUUGAUGCUCCCAUGAUCUGCAAUUUACAAGAGAGAUGGCCGGGUCUUUUUCAUCCAGCAGAGAUAAAUGCAGAGUUCAAGCGCAUCACAACCAUGCCUUUGCAGUCAAGGUUUCUGUCCCAGCUUGACUAUCUCUCUGAAAGUCUGCUAAAAGUGUUUGCAAAGAGAUCAGGGCAGCAGGGCAAAAAGCUAAAGGAUAUAGCUGCCAUGAUGACAGAUGACAUUGUUGCUUGUAGGGAGUCCCUAAUCAAAGGACUAUGCGUCUAUCUGAAUGAAAAUCCCGACAUCUUCAUGCAGGAGUACACGGACAUGACUGAGGCCACUGCACUGAGUGCCAUAGAGAAAACAACAGUGGGCAUCUAUGUCUCCAGAGACACACCAGGCAAUUACUCUUUUGAUGUUGGCAUCAUCAUCGAGGGUGUGGUGGUUCUUAAGGACCUGGAUAAUGUGGCCAUUGCAGUAGCCAUGCUUUUCGGACUGCUUUACUCUGUCAACAUGAGUUACCCAUCACAGCUCCGCUACACCUUUGAGGUGAUUCAGAAGGUGGUAAUGGGAUUGGAUGCAACUGAACUCUCAAGAAAAGCACAAAACUUUAAGACAAAACUGCUCAUGUAAACAGUGUUCACUGUUGCUGUGCACUCAAGGUGUUUAGCUCUCUCACUGGUUCUCCUACAUUUUGGACGUUCAAUUUCCAAGACAAAUCUUUGUUGUGUACUUUGUAACUGCCAUGUGAACAGGGCCUGUUUUGUUUUUUUCUUUUACUUUUUGCUCUCUGUACAAGUUUUCACAUUUUUACAUUUUGGUUUAUUUGUUUUCAAAAGUGAAGAAAUGUAGUUGUUCAGCCUAAGUAGUCCCAUCAUGGCUGUGUGAAACAGCAUUUUAGGUUUAAUUCAGUUGGUGUAAGAUUGCUUUGAUGGUUUCAUGUGUUGAACCAAGAUGUCGCAGUAUGAUCAGUGCUGGACUUUUUGACAUUCACUGUAUCACUGUUAUUUCUGUAGCUCUUCAAUAAAGGUUGUG